AUGUCAGCCGCUGGCGCCCGGGGCCUGCAGGCCACCUACCACCGGGUACUUGAUAAAGUGGAGCUCCUGCUGCCUGAGAAAUUGAGGCCAUUGUACAACCAACCAGCAGGUCCCAGAACAGUAUUUUUCUGGGCUCCAAUUAUGAAAUGGGGGUUGGUGUGUGCUGGAUUGGCUGACAUGGUCAGACCUACAGAAAAACUCAGCACAGCCCAAUCUGCUGUUCUGAUGGCUACAAGGUUUAUUUGGUCAAGAUACUCACUUGUAAUUAUUCCCCAAAACUGGAGUCUGUUUGCUGUUAAUUUCUUUGUUGGGACAGCAGGAGCCUCUCAGCUCUUUCGUAUUUGGAGAUAUAACCAAGGAUUAAAAGCUAAAGCAAACAAAGAGUUCUGAUCACCCUAACAACCUAGAUGUGGACAUAACCACUGGGAC